GAGCAGCCGAGCUCCUGGGAUCUCUGCCCAGCUCUCCUCCAGCUCCCUGAGGACGGGGUUUGGCCGUGCCCGGAGGAACAGAUAAAACUAAGGAGUGGAAUAUCAAGUGGGCAAAAAAAAAGGAAACAAAGUGGGCCAAGCCAUGAGGAAGAUGCUGGUCAUGUCUCCACAUGGUACUUUCCUGAAGGCUGAGGUCAAACUGAGCCUGGGCAGAGAUGGGACAUGGAGAAGUGGCUGUGCCCAGCCAGGAAUCCCUGACAGCGAUCCCAGCCCCUGCCCGGCUCCUGCCAGACCCUGCUGCCAGCCAUGUCCACUCCUCGGCUGGGUUUUCCACCCUGGAACGGCUCUUUGGGGACAAGAGGGAAAACGACGGCGAGGACGGGCGGGCAGGGCUGUCCCUUUGGCGUUCCUGGGAUCCUGCCACAAGUUUCCCGAGAGGCUCUUCCCCAGGUCCUGGAACAGUGGGAAUGUUUGCUCAUGGCUCUCCUGCCCCGGCACAAACCCACUGUCCAAUGAACCAACAGCACCACCGCUCUGGCACCUUUCACUUUGGUUGGAUUUGGACAGGAUUCCCACAAUCCAUGUGCCCUUUGGAUCCCCACCAGCCCAAGCCGCGCCCGGAGCGCUGGUCCCUGCGGAGGUGGGGGAUGGAACCACGCACGCACCCCUGCUGGGGCAGGAGCAGCAGCUGGAGCUGCUGGAGCGCCUGGACUUCGUGGUGAGGAACCUCGUGGAGCUGAGGAAGGAGGUGGAGGAGCUGCGGAACAGCCUCCAGCACCUGGCUGUGGAGAUCGUGGGGGAAGUCAGGUCCCACCUGGAAGAAACCCAGAGACUGAACCGCCGGAGGAGGUUCCCCUAUGCCAGGGAGAGAAGUGACUCCACAGGCUCCAGCUCCAUUUAUUUCACAGCCAGCUCAGGGAAUGCCAACACGGAUGAUGGAGAGAGUGAAGGGGGUUACACCACGGCCAACGCCGAGUCCGACUACGACCGGGAGUCGGAGAGGGAGAGCGAGGAAGGGGAGGAUGAAGUGAGCUGUGACACAGUGAGGACGGUGCGCCGGGAUUCCCUGGACCUGGUCACCGAGGAUGAAGCCCCUCUGGCCCUGGAUUCCUCUCUGGAGGAGGGGCUGGGGCAGCUCCUGCAGCAGGCUGACCGCCUGCACGCCGGGGACGAGCGGGACAGGAGAGAGGGGUUCCAGCUGCUCCUCAACAACAAGCUGGCGGUAAAGUACGGGGAGCAGAGGGAAUUCCUGUGGCGCCUGGGCCGGGCUCACAGCGACAUGUGGGAGCUCACGGAGGACGAGGAGGAGAAGCAAUCCUACGCCUCCGAGGGGAAGAAAGAGCUGGAACUUGCCUUACAGAAGUGGGACCAAAGUGCUGAGUGCCACCAGUGGUUUGCCAUCCUCUGUGGGCAGCUGUCGGAACGCGAGAGCAUUCCCAAGCGCAUCCAGGCCGGGUGUGUUUUCAAGGAGCACAUUGACAAAGCCAUUGAGCUGAAGCCAGAGGACCCCCAGCUCUACUAUCUCAUGGGCAGGUGGUGUUACCAGGUUGCCCACCUGGGAUGGCUGGAGAAGAAGACGGUGUCGGCACUGUUCGAGGCUCCUCCGACGGCCACGGUGCAGGACGCGCUCCAGAACUUCCUACGGGUUGAGGAGCUGAGCCCAGGAUUUUCCAAAGCAGGAAGAGUUUACAUUGCCAAGUGCUACAGGGACCUGGGGAACAGCACUGCUGCUGCGCUCUGGACGAGCCUCGCCUCCGAGCUGCCAGGGAGCACAAAAGAGGAUGCAGAAAGCGAGAGGGAACUCGAGGAGAUGCGCUCGGACCGGAAGGAAUAAUUCUGGAAAAACUCAUCCCAGCGGGUACUGCAGAGACAGUAAAAUGCCAAAGGGGUUUCAUGAUCCUGACAAUUCCGAGUGCACUUCGUGGAUAAGCCAAAAGAGCUUACAGGAAAACACGCCCAGCAGCACAUCCAGGAAAACAUCUUGGAUUUAAUGGGAUAAAACCGUGGCUUGUUUUCCCUCGUACAGCACUGCAUGUGUUUGAUUUGAGGAUCCCUAAAAAUGUCACAUUCCUGAAAACAGGUGUGCGUGUGGGAGUUUAUAGGUAGAGUUUGUGACGGAGAAAUAUUUGUGGUCAUAUGUAUAUAUAUGGUAGAUAUAUGUGAGAUAUAUACUUUGUGAUAUAAAUAUAUAUAUUUAUGUAUGCACAUAUAUAUUUUAUAUCACACACUCUGCCUGUCGGACAAGCCUUGCUGCUGAUCUCCCAGCUCGUUCCUGAGGAAAACUUCAGCCAAAAUUUUUUCCAGAUUACUUGUUUCCUCUUUUCCUUAAUGAUUCAUUGACUCAGUUGAAAUAACUGAUAAUGCCUUUUGUAGAUAUUUAGGGGAGAGCAAUUUCCUAGCGGGACCAAGGAGCUUUCCUGCGCCAUCCAGGCUGGAUUUUAAGAGGUUUGUUAGUCAGAGAAGUGAGGAAUAAGAUUUUAAACUUGAGGAUUUCCUCCCAGAGAAGUUCCUCCCAUCACUCCCACGAGGCUGAAAACUUCUGUCCCUCCAAAUUGUGCUGCUGUGGUUUAGCUGGAAUAACUGAGUUUGGAGGAUAGUUAUUGAUCAGGGAUCGGGUUCCAGGAGCAGGAAUAUCCCGUGGCAGAGCUGAUGCUUCGCUGUGAUCUCCUUCUACCACAUAGCAGAUUUAUUAUCUUCCAAUUAAUUAACCUCUGGACUAAUGAGGCGACGCCGAGGAGGUGAAGCCGACGACUGACAUUUCCUCUGGCAGCUCCUGGUGACCAAGCAGGAACAGGGAAUUGUGCUGGACACUGACACAGAUGGAGAAGGAAAACCUGUCUUGAGAAACUACCCAAAUAUUUAUCAAGGCUUCCUUGAUGCCCCUUAAAAUUCCAAUGGCAGCUACUGAACACUGAUUUUUGAGCAUCUGUUCCAUGCUGUGGUGGUUGUGAGGGGUAAAGUGAGAAAGUGUGAGAGUAAAACAUUCCUUAAAUCACCUUUUUAGUCCCUCACAUGUGUGAUGGUUUUGUUACUUCCUGAAAAUAACAUUGGAAGGGAAACAUACAGCAAACUCAAGUGUAAAAACUUCCUGGUUUAUAGAUUUGGCAAUUUUUAGCUUUUUUUUUUUUCCCCCUCUCCAAAUUAAACUCUAAAAUGUUGGUGCUGGACUCUUCCCCUGCCAACCAGGCACGUGUGCAAUUAACUGUAUUUGCUUAAAACAAUAAAAAUUGGUAUUUAUAAAUGGAAAACUAAA